GCGGCGUGGCUGUUGUAGCGUCGCCUUGUCGCCUCGGACCAGGGAUUCUGUUGUUACAUAAGACGCUGCAGAGCCUUAGCCGCCUUAGCCGCCUUCAGGGAUGAGCACAGUGGCAUAGCUUCUCCUCCAGCAACGAAAACCUGAUAACAUCAUGUCUAAUGAAGAGAACGAUAACUACUUGCCUUUUCCUCGACCGAUUCAAGUUGUUUUUGGUGGCGGCAUCACAAGAGCAAUAGCGCACCUAUCAGAUGCUCGGCAUUCCAAUGUUUUACGCCUUGACUUGAUGAGAACAAUUUUUCAAAAACGCAUUAAGAGAGUUAUUGAGUACCUGCCAGUAUUUCUGCAAAAUAUCGUCCGCUACUUAGCACCGCAGUACUUCCUGCCCGGCACGGUUAUUCUCAAGAAACGGAAGCCUGGGUGGGACGACGAAUUCGCCAAUGAAAAGAAUAUAUACCCCAAUUUAUCCGUUCUGAAACGCCAACCGUAUUCCAUUGUACCCAUGUGAUUCUGUUAGCAGUAGCUGCUGCCUAGUACUGCAACUCGCCCCUAAUACCGCCCUGAUUGUCUCCCUAACCUCUUCCUCCUCAUAGCCAUAAUCUUACCAACAGCCUUUUGAAUGGUUUUAAAGGACCAUAUACGCUCAACGUCUACCUUAAGACCACUGGCAUUGCCCGGCUGUAGAUUCUCUCUGUCCUGCAUUUCUUUCAAGACAACGUCUCCAUUGCCUUCUGAUAUCCAAUCCGCCAGUGCUUCACCAAUAGCGGGUAGACCCUGAUUCAACAUCAUAUUUCUGCACUCUGUAUUGGUGUCACAGGCCGACGGGAAAAAGAGAAACGAGUCACAGAGUGCUUUUAGAGUCGAUAUGGUGUUCAGAUCAUCUCCUUCGAGAAGAGAGGGAUGCACUCGUUCGGAUAUUCUUUCCGUCACCUGGGAUAUCUGAUGCUGGAGACGAUACAGGUUGAAAUAGAGCUCAGUCUCAUCCCUUUCGAACUCGGCGGCUAUUUUCUGUGCAAUGCCCCGAGCUUGUAGCUUUUCAAUGGCAGCCUAGAUAUAGAUGAAACGUAUUAGUUUUUUUUUAGCACUUCUUCGCUGUGUACGACCAGGCUAGCCACUUACGCAACACUCCAGCACCUCUUGCGCAAAUACCUUAUCGAGUUUACCUUUGCUAUCUGUAUAGCGUCGUUGGACAGAGGUUUGAAGAGUUGUUGAAAC